AUUGACGGAGCUCCAAUCCGAGAGGAGCUGUGGACUUGGUCUUCUCACCCUCCAGAAGUGGCAUCAGUGAGCACUUUGCCCUCACUGACACGCAGAUCCAGCAUCAGGACAUAAUGGUAUUAUUAAUCCUACUGGUUGCACUGGCAGCGAUGUCUCCAUCUACAUUGGCGGCUCGAAAAGCAAAGAGGCAAAAUGACUUCUGGGGCAGUUGGGGAGAAUGGGGUGAAUGCAGCCGGAGUUGUGGUGGAGGCAUCAGUCUUCGGCAAAGGCACUGCUACUCACGCAGGACAGAUGGUGGAUCCAGUUGCAUAGGACCAGCCCAAAGUUAUCGCUCAUGCAACAUUCAGGUCUGUCCUGAGGGCUCCAGAGAUUUUCGAGCAGAACAGUGUGCCGAGUUUGAUGGGACAGAAUUUCAAGGGAAGAAGUACAAGUGGCUCCCUUACUAUGGAGCUCCCAAUAAAUGUGAAUUAAACUGCAUCCCAAAAGGAGAAAAUUUCUACUAUAGGCAGAAAGAAGCCGUCAUUGAUGGAACUACUUGUGAACCAGGGAUGAACGAUGUUUGCGUGCAAGGGACCUGCCACGCUGUUGGCUGUGAUAAAAUGCUGGAUUCUUCCCAAAAGGAAGACAAAUGUCUGCAGUGCGGUGGGAAUGGAAGAGCUUGUUUUGAAGUCAAGGGACUCUUUGAUGUGCCCAACCUCCCUAAAGGCUACAAUCAAAUCUUUGUCAUUCCGAUGGGAGCCACCAGUAUCCGAAUCAAGGAAGCAACCCCUACCAGGAACUUCCUGGCCAUCAAGAACGUACAAGGAACAUAUUAUCUGAAUGGGCAGUGGACAAUUGAGUACAGCCGGGCCUUGCCUAUUGCCAGCACAGUGGUGCAUUACGACAGAGGUUCAGAGGGAGAUCUGGCUCCAGAGCUUCUAUAUGCCCGGGGUCCCAUCAGCGAGCCUUUGAUAAUUGAGCUUAUAAGCCAGGAACGAAAUCAAGGAGUACAUUAUGAAUACUAUUUGCCAUUCCAAAGGCAAACAUCAAUAUACAGCUGGGGUUAUGGCUCUUGGAGUGACUGUAGUGCUGAAUGUGGUGGAGGUUAUCAGUCUCGUCUGGUCUUUUGCACCAUUGAUAAUGAAGCCUAUCCGGAUUAUAUGUGCAGAGAUAAACCAUGGCCAGGAAAUAACCGCACCUGCGGCCUCCAGCCUUGUCCCCAGACAAAACGGGUCUCUUACCUCUAUCUGCCGGGAGCAUGGAGCCGCAACAGAGCAUGGAACUUGCAAACAAAGAGCUGGAAAACUGGUGACUGGAGCCAGUGCUCUGCCACCUGCGGAGGGGGCUUUCAAAGCCGUUCAGUUUACUGUGCCUCGUACAAUGGACAUCACUUUCAGGAUGCUGUGGAUGAUACCGAAUGUGCUUCCUUGACAGAGAAGCCACGCAGCGCACAGCCUUGCAACCUGCAGCGGUGUGCAACAUGGGUCGCAGGUCCUUGGUCUGAGUGUUCAGUAAGCUGUGGUGAAGGUAUUCAAACCAGGACUGUAAGAUGCCAGGUUGAACAGGGUCCUCAGAUUCUAGAUAUUGCUUGCUUGAGAGAACCAAAACCUCAGCACACCCAGCCCUGUAUCGGGGAGAAUUGUAUACAGGAGAUUGGCUGGCAUAUCGGAGACUGGGGAUUGUGCUCAAAAAGCUGCAGUUCUGGUAUCCGAACCCGCCAAGUCAUCUGUGCUGAUGGGGAUUCCAAAUUCUACGGUCAUGAGAUUUGCCAAGAGAUACAGCCACAGAUACCAACCAUGCUUGGGAGCUGCAAUACACAACCUUGUCACCUGCCCCAGCAGGUUCCCAGUAUGCAAGACAUCACAGGGUUCAAUAUCAGUCGUCGGACGUUACUGACCCGCUACCAUCCUGAUCAAGGCACUGAAGUUUCUAGACAUGAAAGAAUAAGCCAAGCUGGCUCUACUCAUCGCCAGGUCCAGCUAAAUGAAAGUCCUCGCUCCAAUUUCUUACCUCUUGGAUGGGAUUCUUACUCAGACUCUUCUGUGUCCCGUCGGUCCCAUUCUUAUCCAAACGGUGGUAGUAAUGAUCAAGACUGCAACCAUACUCCUCAUGGAUGUUGUUCAGAUGGUCGCACUACUGCAGCAGGUCCCUUUGGCCAAGGUUGCCCACUUGAUUCUUGCCAUCUGAGCAGAUAUGGAUGCUGCCCCGAUGGAGUAUCACAUUCCCAGGGACCUAACCAAGAAGGGUGCACACAAUACUACAGUGAUGUUGACAUAAGCAGAAAUCCUGUUACUCCCACUCCAACAACAAGCCAAGUUCUUGCCCAGCAGCUACCAACAGAGGAAUGCCGAGGUUCUAUGUAUGGUUGUUGCUAUGACAACAUUGCCUCUGCUUUAGGGCCUCAAGGGGAAGGAUGUCCCACAAGAUUCAGUCAAUCUUAUCCUGUCCAGUGUAUGUUACCCAGUGCCCAUGGUUCCUGCACAGAUUGGACCAUACGUUGGUAUUUUGUAAGCGAUGUUGGAAAAUGCAAUCGUUUUUGGUAUGGAAGUUGCCAUGGGAAUAAGAACAACUUUGCUACUGAAGAAGAAUGCAUGAACACCUGCCAUGGAUCAAUGGGAAGAAGCCAUGUGAGCCUUCACCACCAUGUGGCAAGUCCUAACAUCCCCUCUAGUUCUCAACUGCAAGAAGGGAAAACAGAGGUAAAUCCACAACAAUUUGGAAGAACUAUAACUCAUAGAACAGGAAAUGAAGGUCAUAGUGAUAGAACUUCCUCCAAUCAAGAUGCCUUACCUGAAUCUGAGCAAGGAACUAGCUUGCUAGAAAACCAGUCAGAAAAUUCUCAUCGCUCAAGAACUCUUGAUGAAAUAAAAAGGGACACCGUAGACCAUUUGCAUGGUUUGAGUGAGACUGUGAUUUCCAGACACUCAGAGAAGCAGCUGACUGUGAAUGGCCAGACCACUCAACAUGAGGCUGACGAGUGGAGGAGGGAAUCUGGAGCAGAUGCAUUAACACGGAGAAGAUUUGGGUAUCAAACCCCACCAGAAUCCACUUUUCAAUAUUCUUUGAACAGGAUCUUCUUGGAUGGACCAGAAUCUUCUGCAGUGGAAGCAGGCCUAGGACAAAGCAUCCGUCUUCUCUGUAAGACAGACAAUUCCCACUUCUCUAGAGUUGAAUGGCAGAAAGACGGACAGCCAAUCUCCUCUGAUAGGCAUACCUACCAAUCUGACAACUCCCUGGUGGUUAGCCAUCUCAGGACCGAGGAUGCUGGCAUCUACACGUGCACAAUUUCAAAUGGGAGGGUGGAACGCAGGCAGAUCGAGUUGCUGAUCAAAGAAAUCCCUCAAUCUACCUUCACCCAGGGAAGAAGGCAUCAACUUACUCAUGAUCAGAAUCACCAGCACAGAGUCUUUGGCACAGGAACUAAUGACAGGUGGUCACAUGUUUCUUCUCUGCAUCCUCAAAUAACAUACAGGUUAAAAAUGUAUAAGAAUGAGCCUUCGGUAGUUGAUGCUAGCAUUGGCGAACAAGUCAGGCUGCCUUGUCGUGUAGAGGCUUCCCCCUCUUUGACCAUUGAAUGGCAGAAAGAUAGCCGUCCUAUUUCAUCUGCCAGGUAA